AUGUCUCACCAGUGCGGGCAGAGGCCGCCGGAGGCGUUCCACGUCCUUGGCAGCAAGGCCCUGAAAGGGGAGGAUGUCGCUUUUGUUGAUGAGUCCAUCGAGACAUCGGCGUGUGUUUGGAAACUCUAUUGCGUAUGCGAUGGCCAUGGGGGUGUUGGAGCUGCGCGGUUUGUCCAGGAGCAGCUGAUAACCAGCUUGAGAAGGCUUCUUCCCCGGGGGCCCCAGCCGGAUCUUGACUCCGCAGAGGGACGGCAGUGGGCAGAGCAGAUUAGCAGCGCCAUUGCUGCUACUUUCGUUGCUCUCGAUGAAGGCUUUGCAGAAUACAGGUGCCCGUCAGGCACAACUGUGUCCUUGGCUCUCCUCAGUGGGUGGCUACUCACUGUUGCCAAUGUGGGCGACUCUGAAGUGUAUCUGGACACUGGGACAUGUGUUGGAGAGAUGGCCUGCUGCCACAAAGUCGAGGACAACAAAAAAGAGCAACAGCGCCUUGCUGUUGCAGGAGUUCGAGUCGCUUCGCUGUCUUCUACGCUGUUGGGCCCGCCCUUGCCUGGGGAGGUUGGUGUCGGGCCCCUGAGGGUGUGGCCUGGGGGAGUUGCAGUGUCGAGAUCAGUGGGCGACUUUGAGUGUGGCAGCCACGUCCUUCCGGUGCCGCAUAUCCGCCAGGUUGUGAUCCCUGACACUGGUGCCCGCUUGCUUCUGGCCUCUGAUGGGCUGUGGGACUACUUCACUGGCCUGCGUGCCUGCAAGGUUGCACGGGGCAGCCCCCUGUCGAAGGUGCCGCAACGGCUGUUCAAGGCACUGAUGUUCCACACCGAUGGGGUCCUCACGGAUGACACCACAAUUCUGGCACUCGACAUUCUACCGCCUGGGAACACUGAUUUUCGACACCUUGCGAAGCAGGUCAGGAAGACAAGCCGCAAGAAGCUACAGUCUUGGAAGGACCUGUUGUCCCUGGUAACAUACCCGCUCCAGGACACGGUGCAAGAGGCACUGUCCUUCUACACAGACAUCGAUGCAUUCACCCACUACCCGCGUAUCACGUCCCGUGGGGUGGCGAUGUACAGGAUGAACAAGGAACGAUAUGCAGCAGCCUGGGGUGUGCCCCGGGUGGUGCACCCCGUGCGCUACGGCAGCAACAUGGUGGACCUCAUGAACGACCUACAGCUUGAGGACGGUGGGAUUGGUUCAGUCGAACCAGAGGGACGCUCAGGGAAGCUGGUGGAUGGGGAUGGCAGGAGGGCCCAGCCUGACGGCCAGAGGGUGGAGUGGCAGCUGGAGAGGGAUGUCAGGAGGCCGCAGUCUGGGGUGUCGCAGUCUGGGGGGCCAGCAGAUGCUCCCGGCCGGAGGAGUCCGUACAGUGUGGCAAGGGACAGGGCGAGGCGCAUUACCACCACCAGAUCCCAACAGAAGAGGACUGUGUCGAAACUGGUUUCUAUGCAGUUCACGAAGUCCUCCAAUGCGUUGUUCCAAGACGACUUGAACAGUGCGAUCCGUGUCGACCCUGUGGGGCAACAGGACCGUGAGGACAUCAUGAUGACGAUGUAG